AUGUCCAGGGCACCGAUCCUCAUUACUGGCGCCUCCAGCUACGUUGGCGCCCAUGUUCUCAAGCAAUUCCUCUCCGAGGGCACUCCAGUCCGAGGCGUCGUACGCUCUCAAUCUUCGGCGGACCGCGUCUUGAAGGUGAAUGGCGAAUAUGCUUCACUUCUCAAAUUCGCCAUUGUCCCCGAUAUUACGGCGCCAUGUGCUUUUGACGAGGCUGUUCAAGGCGUUGAAGGCGUCAUCCAUAUUGCCUCGCCUUUCACCGCGAAUAUUCAAGACAGGGAAAAGGAAAUGCUUAUUCCCGCUAUCGAGGGUACAAAGCAGGUGCUCGAAUCGGUCUAUAAAUGCGCGCCUCAGGUGAAGCGCGUCGUCAUGACGGCUUCGUUCGCGUCCAUUGUCGACGUGAGCAAGGGCCUCCGAGACGGUUACGUCUAUGAUGAGAAAGAUUUCAAUCCCGCCACGUAUGAGGAGGCCAAGUCCGAGGAGACUAGCCCUGUUUUUGCGUAUUGCGCCUCCAAGGCGCUGGCCGAGAAGGCAGCAUGGAAGUUUGUGGAUGAAAAGAAGCCUCACUUCUCUCUCACUGUUAUCAACCCGCCUGUCAUUUACGGACCUAACCUACACUACAUCGACGAUCUCAACAAACUGAAUACCUCGUCGGCCAUGUUCUAUUCUUUGAUGAACGGCUCCCGCACCGAAGUACCGCCAACCGCCUUCUGGGCCAUAGUUGAUGUGCGCGAUGUCGCGCUGGCUCACAAAAGGGCAUACUAUAAGCCGGAAGCAGGAGGUCAGCGUUAUCUGACCACUUGGGGCCGCUUUAGCUUCCAGCAAAUCUGUGACAUUCUGCGGGAAGAGUUCCCUGAACUCCGUGACCGUGUCCCGGUUGGCAAUCCCGGAGAGCCCAUCACCGGCGUAUACAAUGUGGACAACUCUAAGGUGAAGAGGGAACUCGGAAUAGAAUUUAUUCCGCUGCGACAGAUUGUGGUCGAUACGGCGAAGAAUUUCCUGGAAAUUGAAAAGCGCCUUGCCACAACUAAGGAGCUACGGAAUUAG